AUGCUGAAUCCCCUACGACGCCAAAAAGCACCACGCCCUCUGGCUCCCGCUGGUGGAAAAGCCGCCGACGCAAGCCAAAUCCGGCCUCCAAUCCAAGGUGUUUCUCCUUUGCUGCUUCUGGUAUUCAAAAGGAUUGCUGUUCUGCGAAUCGCUCAAGGAAGGCCAUACCGUCACCGCUCCCUGUUACGCUGUGCCACCGUCGAAAGCAUCAUGCGUCAUUUGGAAGGAGAUGACCUUGGAGUGAAGGGCGAUGAUCACCUUAGCGUGGCAGACUACAUCGUGCUUAUAACAUCGGACAUUGAUCAAGUGGAACGAAUGCUGGCGAAAUCUAGGAGCGCUUAA